AUGAGUGUCGUGACCACUCACGUAAACAGAGAUGAGUGUCGUGACUACUCACGGGGGGCAGAGUGGGCCUUCUGCUCCCUGGACUUCAGUGCAGAUGGGGAGCUGCUGGCCAGUGUGGGCUCCUCUCCAGACUACAGCCUGACCGUGUGGGACUGGAGACAGGAGGAAAUCCUGCAGAGCUGUAAGGCUGUGUCCCAGGACGUGUACCGAGUGAGCUUCUCCCCUCACACCACAGAACUGCUCAUCUCCUGCGGCUCCAGCCACAUCAAGUUCUGGAAGAACGCUCCCACAUUCACAGGCCUCAAACUGCAAGGCCUCAUGGGAAACUUUGGGAAAGUCAACAUCUCUGAUAUUGACAGUUACGUGGUUCUACCAGAUGGGAAGGUGGUGAGUGGUACAGAGUGGGGGAACCUGCUGCUCUGGGACGGGAACCUGAUCAUGUUUGAGAUCUGUCGUAAAGAAGGACGGAGCUGCCACACAGGGACUGCUCUGCCCUUUGCUCUGGAUGAGGGGACUCUGCUGACCAUGGGGGCCGACGGAGCAGUGCGGAGUUAUUUUGCACAUGGACAUAAAGUCGAGUUCCAAGAGAAGUGGCAUGCAGAGGUUGUCGUCAGCAAGAACGUGGACUCCGAGCAUGCCAUGGAAAUCGUGGAGACGAAAGAGCAAGGUGGCUUUCCCAAGAGCCUUGUUCUCUUGACCGUUGGCCAUUACGAACUUUGGGAUUUCACUCGACGCUAG